AUGGGGGAGAGCUGGCCCCGUACCGAGCUUAGUGGUGGCGUCACUGUAAACAAGUCGUGGAGAGUGAGAACCGCUUUCGCGUCGUGGGUUAUCUUCAUGACGCAGUUAACACAGUCAGCCGACGAGCGAGAGAGGGGGCGCUCCCCAGCAGGACAGGUGGAGGAAGGAGGCGAGACGGAACGGCGGGUCGUGUGGAAUUGCGUGGUGGAGCGAGUGCGUUCGGCGGCGGAGCCAGUGCUUGGCUGGUGGAGUGUACGUGGAUCAGGCGCGCGCGGCGGCGGCGGCGGCGGUGGUAGCGGUAGCGGCGGCGGCUGCAGCGGUAGCGGUAACGGCGGCGGCGGCUUCGGCGGCGGCAGCGGUGGGGGAGAGAGGAGAGCUGGCGAGAGGGCAGGGCGCGUGCGUGGGGCGGCAAGAGGCAGGCCGGGAAUGGGAAUGCUCGGCUGUGCAUUCCAGGUUCGGAUGUGGUAG